AUGUCCGCCUCCGCCGCUGAUCGGGUCGGUCUUUUGCGAUCGCUCGCGCACCCCCACCCCGCCAGUCUCCCACAGGCACCACUGACACCAGCAUCGCAUCUAGCUGCACGGAGGUCCAUCUCAUCGUCAGCAGCAGCAUCGUCGUCGUCGUUCAAUGCUGCUACGAAAUCCCCCGCACCACCACCAUCACGUUCUGGCGCUGCGGUCUCCGACUCCGCUGCUGCUGCUGCUGCUGCUGCUGCAACCGCCAACGCCACGGCGACUGCUGGAACAAGCUCGAGUCAGACCUCGGAUGUGCCGUACGAGGCCUAUCGCGUGGUUGCUGCGGACGGGUACCCGCUUGCCGUCCGACUGUUCCGACCACAGCAGCAAUCGCCGAAAGCGGUCAUUCUGGUCAACUCGGCCACGGCAUGCUCGCAGGGCUACUAUGCCAACUUUGCCGCGUACAUGGCUGGCUUGGGCAACGCUGUCGUCACGUACGACUAUCGCGGAAUUGGCGAAUCGCGCCCACCAAACAACGCGUCGCUCGGAAAUUUCGCCGCGACGAUGCGAGACUGGGCUUUUCUCGACUAUCCCGCCGUGCUGGCGCUCAUCGACGAGCAGCUCUAUCCGCGUGUCCUGGUCGCGGCGCAGUCUGGAUUUGUCAACCAUUGGUCGGGCAUGUCGUGGCUGGUGCGGCGGGUGCAGUGGUGGAUGAUCCCGUGGCUCGUGCGAUUCGCUGGCUACGUGCCAGGCGCAGCCGGCAUUGGCGAAGAUUUGCCAGGAGGCGUUGCCCUCGAGUGGGCCAGUUGGUGUCUGACACCCGGGUAUGCCACCGGCAAGUACCCCUCCAAGCUGGUCAAUUUUGCAGCCUUUUCUGCGCCCGUUCUCUCUGUCGAGGCUCCCGACGACGAUUUCGCGCCCAAGAAGGCUGUUGACGAGCUGCUCUCAUGGUACUCCAACACUCGAGUGACUCGCUGGCUCCUGAACAAGAAGGCCUUCCCGGGCCAGUCGAUUGGCCAUUUUGGCUUCUUCCGCAAGCGCGUCGGAGGUCAGACAAUCUGGCCGGCAAUGGAAGCGUGGAUGGCGCAGUCGCUCUCAACGAGUGCUCCGAUCGACGCUUGGACGCGUGCACCCACCGAGCCCGACGUGCAUCAACUCGGCGCGGUUGUACAAAACCCCAGUCGAUCGACUGAGCUCUCGCCGCGCGUGUCUGGACCAGUGUUCAAGACCAUUCCAGCAGCUGGCAAUCUCAAGUCCAAGCUCUAG